AUGGAAGUGAUAGCCACAGACAGUGCUCCUGACGCCUAUCGGCUGACUGGGACUGCAUCCGUAGAAAUCGAGAUCGCCGACGAAAUCGACGAGGCGCCCGAGAUCACGGUACUCUUGUUGCAGCCCGACCGACCGCCAGCUGCCAGCCGCUUCGUCUUGUCCACACACGAGACAGACUCUAGUGGAGGCGGCUUCGCCAGGUCGUCGGGCCCAUCGGGGUCAGGAGUCGACACAACCAGCCUUCAUCCGGGCCCACCGACUAGAGCUGGAUCCAAGCGUGGCCACAAAGCAGACGAACAAAGCCUUAUGGUCUACAUCCUGGAGAAUCCGGUAGCUGGGAUGCCCAUCGCCUAUGUACAGGUGAGUGUUUCGCCACCACCUCUUUCAACGGUUCCCAAUAGCUUCGUUCUCGGCCCCAAAUGGUAA